CAGUAGCAGCAGGCAGCAGCAGGCAGUAGCAGCAGCAGGCAGCAGCAGGCAGCAGCAGGUAGUAAGCAGGUAGUAGUAGGCAGCAGGCAGUGGUAGAAUAAUUCGCGGCUAGUUCUGCAAGGUCUACUUCAGUGGGGCCACGCGUGCGGGUGGGGCGGUAGGGGCGAGAGCGAGCGGACGAGGCGCGGGGCCCUCGCGGCGCGGCGAGGCUCUCGCGUCCAGAGCGGGCAUGGAGGCCGGAGCGUCCAAGCACGGCUACGGACACAAACGCUCGCACAGGAAGAAGAAGCAGCAGCAGCAGCAGCAGCGGACCGAGGAGCGGAGUCGCUACGAUCCUCGGCCCGGCAUGGGGAUGCACUACGACAACCUGGCAGUCAACAACUGCGUGGAUUCGAACGCAGCCUAUCAGCAGUGCUGGCUCAGCCCUCCGGUGACGCAAGAGAUGUCCAUCAGCCAGAUGUACAUCCACAACUCGGCCAGAGGGAAGCAGCGAGCAGCGGCCGUGAUGGAAGAGAGCGACUCAUCCGACAUGGACGAGAGCUACGAUGACAACGACUACGACCCACACCCCGAGGUGGCCGUGAACUCCCACCACGCGGGGGGGCGAGCCGUCCCCUCCCACGGCUGGAUCAAGGACGAGGAGGAGGAGGAGGAAGAAGAGGAGGAGGAGCUGGAGGAGGAGGAGGGGGAAGAGGAGGGGGAAGAAGAGGAGGACGACGAGGAGGAGAGCAGCAGCGAGGAUGACGAGAGCGACGAGGGGCCGCCCGCGCCACGGGCCUACGCGGAGGCCUACGCCGUCGACCCGGCCCCCAAGAGGCAGCAGCCGCAGCGACAGCAGCCGGCGCAGCAGCAGAUGCAGCCGGCGCGGCAGCAACCGCAGCGGCAACAGCCCCAGCGGCAGCAGCCGGUGCGGCAGCAGAUGCAGCCGGUGCGACCGCAGCAGCAACCGCAGCAGCAGCAUCAGCCGCAGCAGCAGCAGCAGCGGCAACAGCAGCAGCGGCAGCGUCGGCAGCAGCAGCAGCAGCAGGGGGGGGCGCCCACUCGCGAGAAGCCGCACAUGUGCGGCGACUGCGGCAAGAGCUUCACUCACGUGUCCAGCCUCAAGAUCCACCGGCGCACGCACACGGGGGAGCGCCCCUACGGCUGCAAGGAGUGCACCAAGGCCUUCUCCACCGUGUCGAGCCUCAAGAUCCACUUCCGCACGCACACGGGCGAGCGUCCGUACGCGUGCGACGAGUGCGGCAAGAGCUUCUCGCAGAUCAACACGCUGAAGAACCACCACCGCACGCACACGGGCGAGAAGCCCUUCCUGUGCACGGACUGCGGCAAGUGCUUCACCAACAUGUCGGGCCUGAAGACCCACCGGCGCACGCACACGGGCGAGAAGCCCUUCGCCUGCGUCGACUGCGGCAAGUGCUUCUCGCAGGCCAACGGCCUCAAGGACCACCAGCGCACGCACACUGGCGAGCGGCCCUUCGCGUGCCUCGAGUGCGGCAAGGCCUUCUCCAACGUGUCGGCGCGCAAGAUGCACAUGCGCACGCACAACAAGAUCCGCGCCUAGACUCGGCGGGGGGGGCGGGGGGGGGUAGCGACAGCGCAAGGCGUGUCGGGGCGGGCUCCCUCCGGGUCGGUUGCAUUAAUUCGAAUUUCCCCGCUCCACCGUAAGAAUCGCCGGGCGGCUUCCAACGGUCUCCGCAGUGCGACCCGGCGCAGCGACGAGAGGAGGAGUGCAUCGAGCGGCGAGUCUUAUCUACACCGGUGGUUCUCAACCGGGGAAGAGGGCGAGGGGGGGGGGCAUCCG